AUGAGUGAGGCAGUUUUCACUGAAAAGAGUGCAACUCCGGUAGCAUUUAUUGAUAAAAAGAUAAAUGCGCUAGUGAAAGACUUGGCAACACAGAAAAGAUAUGUGGCAAAAAUGCAAUCGCGGAAGAAGCCCAGACAACAAGAUCUUGAUCUCAAUACCGAGCGAGUUUUCUUAUAUGAGAAUAUUUGCAAAUUCCGGAAGGAAGGCUAUAUUUCGCAACUCGCCGAUGUUGGAUUCGAUGAUGAUUUUCGAUACUUGAUUGUUGAAGACUUUGGAAAGGAUUUAACUCAUUAUUAUAGCAAUUAUCGGCCGUUUGACGCUCCGACGACAUUCCUCAUCACGUAUUACUCGUUUCAAGCACUCAAAGAACUUCAUUCAUGGGGUUAUUUACAUUUGGAUCUCCGGCCUUCGUCAUUUGCAGUCAAACAAAGUUUCGUUUUGAAGUUGAUCGAUUUCUAUCAUGUUACUCCGAGCAAGCCGAAACCAAAAAAUAGCAAAACGUUUCGAUGCGAUCGAUUCUCUCCAAGGGUAAUGUAUAAGAAAGAUCAAGAGUUUGACGAAUGGGCCGAUAUUGAAGCAUGGCUAUUUACGAUGAUAUUUUUGACAUGCGAGAAUACACUUCCAUGGAGAAAUGACAGGGAUGCUGAUAAAAUUCUUGAUGCAAAAGAGAAAUUUUUCAAAUCACAAGAUGGAUUCAGUUGGUGUGGAAGCGUCGGAAUUUUGCCAUUGGUACCAUUUCUGAUGGAAUCGAAGCCGAGUUUGACGGAUUUCAUCGAAAAACUAAACGAGCUAUUCUCGAUCGAGGUUCUCACGUAUGACGAAAUGGAACAGCCAAUGUGGAUGCUCGACGGGUCGGUCGAACAAGAAAAACGGCCAAGAGAGCCGGAAAGUAGUCAGAAUUUGAGCGAGAACAUGCCGAGUGAACGAAAAUCGGAGAGGAGAUUGAGGUCGACCGAGCGAAAAUCGGAAAGAAAGAAAAAGAAAUCGUCGGUUCGACCGAGUAUGGAGGUGAUAUCGGACAGAAACUGCAACAGCAGCAAUUAA